GAUACGAUACACCGCUACCUAACUUAUAAGAAAAUGCGCCUCAAAGUUACUUUUGUGUGUGUGUUUAUUUGGUUUAUUUGUGGUCGAGUGACCACAAUAGUUAUUAAAAAUAACUGUAGCGAUUGCAUUGGCUACAAAUCAUGUCCCGCUGCCGUGGUAGCCACAGACAUGGCUCUGUACCCACAGCUUGACAACGCCGACUGCGGGCUAGACGAUGCCGAGCUACGGAAGAUAUGCUGUGCCAAGCUGACAGCUGCAGUGGAAAUCGCAAUGGCGAACACCCUUCAUUACCAUCCAAACGUUCUCCUGUUAUCAGAUAAUUGUGGCAUCGGGGAGGAAGAUGGUUAUGCAGACAAAAUCGCUGGCGGGGUUCCGGUGCUGAAGCUGUACGAGUAUCCAUGGAUGGUUUUCAUAUCCUAUAAAACACCUGAGGGUAUUCAGUUCCUGUGCGCUGGUAGCCUCAUCAAUGAGCGUUACGUGUUGACCUCGGCCCGAUGUCUCACAGGCCAUGUGUUCAGUGUGAGGAUACGAGUUUAUGAGCACUUGGACUGCCAGGGAGCUUCGUUCGGAUGUGAAGCUAGUAUACAGGACAGACUCAUAGAAGAAGCUAUUCCUCAUCCGGGGUACGUCCACAAGCCAUUAGUCAUAAGAAAUGACAUCGGACUACUGAGGCUGGAAAAUCCUGUGAAUCUAUCAUUCAACGACGAUGGCACAAUUUGCUUGCCGGUGACCCCGUCCAUGCGACACCGCAAUAUAGUCGGGCAGCCAGCUACCGUCGCCCACAGAGAGCAAUCGGAGGAAAGCUACGAGUCGGCCACACUGCUCUAUGUCAACGUGUCCGUACACACUGCCCAGUACUGCUGGGAGCAGUACAAAAGAGUCUUAAAAGACCGCGAAGGAGAGGACAUGGUCAACAAGAUCUGCUCUAGCGCCGACCACAAGGGUCCCUGUAUAGGGUUCGCCGGAGCCCCUUUAAUGGUGUGGGAUCGAUUUGGGGACCGUGAUCGAUUUAUCCAGUAUGGCAUCGUGUCGACCGGAGACAAUCGGUGCGGCAUUCUUUACCCUAAAGUGUAUACUGACGUCACCAAAUACAUGGUGUGGAUUUUGAACACGAUAAAACCAUAGGUAUAAGGAUGGCGAGGAAGGAAAUGAACUAUUUGUAAACACGAUUUUGUUAAUGACUUAUUAAAAGAACUUUAUUAAAUUAUAUAUAUUAAGUUGAUAAUCUAUUUUACUGUCCAGUUUUUAUCCAGUUAUUCUUAAAUUGAGUAAAAACAUGGGACCGUCAUCCAUAGAUUGGAUUGUAUUCUCCAGAGCCGCUUUAAUGGUGUGGGAUCAGUCUGGGGACCGUAACCGUGACGUAACGUGUCAUACCUACGGACCAAACCGUUACGACACGCCUUUUCCUGAAGUCUACUCCACCAAGUAGAUGGCGUGGAUUUUGAAUACGAUAAAACCGUAUAUCAGAAUAGCGUUAGACUUUGGAAGGAAGAUGGGGAAGGUAAUGAAUUAUUUAUAAACACGAUUUUGUUAAUGGCUCAAUAGCUAAGUAUUGUUAAAAUAGUAAUGGUGUACUUUAUUAAAUUAUAUACAUAAGCAUUGGUCUAUUUUACAGUUUGUAUCCGAACAGUCUAAAAAAAGCAAGUUCCGUGAUCUAUGAUGUCGCUUCGCCUAAUUUUGAUAUUAAUUUGUUGUUGUAAUUUCAGGCCAAAACACGAGACUGCACGGAAAUAAUUAAUCCCCUGCACGUAUUAGGUACGCUCUCUCUAAUUUAGUCAUGAGCUGAUUGCAGAUAAAAGUGUCAGUACAAUAAUACAACAUUUAGAAACAUAGAAAAAUAAUGAUUUAUUUAUGUCUAUUUUAAAACAAUAAAUAAAUAUAUAAACUCUUUGUAGUUUCAAGCCAAACUUCAUUCAACGUUUUCCAUCAACAAAGAAAUUCGGAAGAUCAGUGCCCUG